AUGGAUACAUCAGUGGUCUACGCUGACUUAAACCUAGCCAGGACCCAAGAGCCUAAGCAGGCAUCCCCUCCAACUCCUCCCCCAGACAGCUGCCAGUGCCCACGCUGGCAUCGGUUGGCUCUGAAACUCAGCUGUGUUGGGUUGAUCCUUCUUGUCCUGACUGUGAUUGGACUCAGUGUCUUAGAGAGUCCAGUCCAGCUAAAGUGCCCCAAAGACUGGCUGCCACACAGAGAGAAAUGCAUACAGUUUUCUCAAGAGAACGGUGUAUGGAAGGAAGGUCUGUCUAACUGCACUAGAAAAGGAGCCACUUUGCUGCUCAUUCAAGACCAAGAAGAACUGAGAUUCAUAAAGGACUCGAUAAAGGAAAAAGGCAAUUUAUUUUGGAUUGGACUAAAUUACACCUUGCCAGACAAGCACUGGAGAUGGAUAAACGGCUCUACUUUAAGUUCUGAUGUAUUGAAAAUUACUGGUGAAACUAAAAUAAACAGCUGUGUCGCCGUCUCAAAGGACAAAGUGGUUUCUGAGGACUGUGAUUCAGACAACAUGUGGAUCUGCCAAAAGAAAAUAAAACGUCUCUGA